GGACACAGCGAUUUCGGGCUGUGUGGAUGUCGAAAUGACGUCCGGCCCUGAAGUUUUUAAAAAGAAGAAGAAGAAGGACAGCGAUUUCUUUCUUGAAGAAGAAGAAGAAGAAGCAGGACAACCUCGUUGUAGCGUGGCACUCGGUUCCUCCAGAAAAAUCACCUUCAAAAAUGUCUUGUGCGUUUGUUGCUGAGAACGUGUGGUACGACAAGGCCCAGUACAAUGAUGCCGAAAGGAAAUUCUACGAGAGUACGGCAAAGAGUGGUACUGGAUUAUCUCUGGUGUCGGAAAUAGCAAAAGCUCGCCAGCAUAUUAAAAAAUCUCUAGAACGCAUGGACGGAAUUGCUGCUCUAGCUUCGACACCCGGAACAGAGCUGUUUGAGCGUCUUUCUCUCCUUGAAAGUGAGAACAAGAAGCUCACAUCAGUUGUGGCUGGGAUGGAAAAGCUCGUGAUUAGUCUGCAGGAACGAGUGAGUGCUUUGGAGAGUGGUGCAGGAGGAGCAGCAAAAUCUGCCACUCCUGCUAAACCCCAAGCACCAGCCCCAAAGGUGGUGGAAGAUGACGACGACGGUGUGGAUCUCUUUGGAUCGGAUUCCGAUGAAGAUGAGGCAGCAAAUACUGUUAAGGAGGCACGAUUGGCCGAAUACAAUGCAAGAAAGUCCAAGAAACCCGCACUGAUUGCCAAGUCAAACAUCAUCUUGGACAUCAAGCCGUGGGACGAUGAGACCGAUAUGAAAGCCAUGGAGGCGGAAGUGAGGAAAAUUGAAAUGGACGGCCUCCUCUGGGGUGCCUCCAAGCUAGUGCCACUCGCCUAUGGGAUUCACAAGCUACAGAUAUCCUGUGUUGUUGAGGACGACAAGGUAUCCAUUGACCUUCUAACUGAGGAGAUUGAGAAGAAUGAUGAACUCGUACAGAGUGUGGAUAUUGCUGCAUUCAACAAAAUCUAAAGAAAAAUCAACAACAUGGAAAUCAUUCCUCAAGCUUACAUGAAAAAAAAAGUGCUCCUACGGCAAAUUAAUAAAUCUCCAUUUCAGUGGACCCCCCUCCCCUAAUCGAAAAAAAUAAGAAUAAUCAGUCCUAAUGAAUUUAGUCUCACUUUUCUCUUUAUCUUAAAAAAAAAAACAUAAGAGUGUUUAAUCGAUAUUAGUACUGUAAAACAUUCAAACAUGUGGAAUAUUAAACUUAUUGAAAUGGAUAAAAAA